GUCAACCUACGUUGAGUUGGAAAAAUUGCAUGUCGCUAUGUUCAGUCAAGUCAGAACUAGAAAUAAAUAAAUUGGUCAUGGCUGAAAACGAGGGACGUAAACAUCGGGAAUCGAAUUUCCUUGACGGAGAAGAGUGUGCUAGCCGCCUGUCGCACUAAGUGAUACUGUCAACUCAAUCGUCCGGGAAAAUGACUGGUGGAUCGGACAGCAAUCUCUCUUCAGUGAGUGAGCAGCCUGUACCGGCGCCUAAGCUGGGCCCCCACGGCGUUCAGAUCGUAGACACGGGCCCCGACCACACGUUCGUGCUCAACGAGGAGGCGCUUGCCGAGUUACUGCUGCAAGAUGACAUACGAGACCGCGCUGUCGUCGUGCUGUCUGUCGCUGGAGCUUUCCGCAAGGGAAAGUCCUUCAUACUCAACUGCUUCUUACGAUAUAUGCAUCACAAGUACGGCCCCGGUGGAGGCGGGGACUGGUUGGGCGCCGAUGAUGAGCCGCUGGAGGGGUUCAGCUGGCGCGGGGGUUCCGAGCGCGACACCACUGGUAUACUCAUGUGGUCAGAAGUGUUUAAGACAACGCUGCCCACCGGAGAGAAGGUGGCGGUGAUCCUGCUGGACACGCAGGGCGCAUUCGACAGCGAGUCGACGGUGCGCGACUGUGCCACCGUGUUCGCGCUCUCCACCAUGCUCUCCUCUGUGCAGAUAUACAACCUCUCACAGAACAUACAAGAGGACGACCUGCAGCAUCUGCAACUGUUCACAGAGUACGGGCGGUUGGCGCUGGAGGACAGUGGUCGAACACCAUUCCAGCGGCUGCAGUUCCUCGUGCGGGACUGGAGCUUCCCCUACGAGGCACCUUACGGCGCGGAGGGAGGCCAGGCCAUACUGCAACGGAGGCUCAGGGUAUCAGAUAAGCAGCAUCCGGAGCUGCAGUCGCUGAGGAAGCACAUCACCUCCUGUUUCUCUGAGAUCGCCUGCUUCCUGAUGCCGCAUCCCGGACUCAAGGUCGCUACGGACCCCAACUUUAAUGGCAGGCUGGCAGACAUCGAAGUGGAGUUCAAACGCGCGCUGCAGCAGCUGGUGCCGAUGUUGCUGGCUCCGGAUAACCUGGUGCCGAAGCUGAUCAAUGGGCAGCGUGUCAAGGCCAAGGAUCUGCCGCAGUACUUCCGCUCAUAUAUGAACAUAUACAAGGGCAAUGAGCUACCGGAACCUAAGAGCAUGCUUGUGGCGACGGCAGAAGCAAACAAUUUAACAGCGGUGGCGGAAGCUAAGGAGGUGUAUACUACAUUAAUGGAAGAGGUGUGCGGCGGGGCGAAGCCCUACCUGCAGACUCAACUGCUGGAGGCGGAGCACGCCCGAGCACGGGACAAGGCGCUUCACGCCUUCCACGCUAAGCGCAAGAUGGGCGGAGACGAGUUUAGCCACGCCUACUGCGAACAACUUGUACAGGACUUGGAGGAGCAGUUCGUUCAGUUCCGCGGCCAUAACGAAAGCAAGAACAUAUUUAAGGCUGCGCGCACACCCUCCGUGUUCUUCGCGAUCGCAAUGUUCUUCUACGUUCUGAGCGGUGUGUUUGGUCUACUCGGAGUAUACGUUUUCGCCAACCUCUGUAACCUGGCCAUGGGUGUGGCGCUGCUCACACUCGUCAUGUGGGCCUACAUCAGGUACAGCGGAGAGAUGAGGGAGUUUGGUGUCACAAUUGAUGAAACAGCAAACUGGCUGUGGGAAAAUUUAAUGAAGCCAGCUUACCAGACGUGUUUAGAGAAGGGUAUGGAGCACGCUGCGGCUGUGGCAGCAGAGCGCACCCUUGGCCCCUCCUCCGCGCCCACCACGCCCAGCGUCAACGGCAAACAUAAGCACUUGUGAUGCCGGUCGACACGCCCCGCCCAUAGCCCUGGCCCACCAACUGCCAGUGUCAGCCCACUGCCAAACUCUGACAAUGUCAGCCAACUGUCAGAUUGUGGCAAACGAGUUGACAAUGUCAGCCAACUGUCAGAUUGUGGCAAACAAGUUGACAAUGCCAGUGUAUUCUGCCACUGGAGAUGGCAUAACACAGGACUUACUAACAUAAUUUUAGACUAAAGGGAGACAGCACUUGUGAACCAAAUCAUGUUAUUACUCUAUGGUCUCGAGAGCUCUAUGGUUUUGUUUGGUUAUGAAUGUAAGAAAAUUGUAUAAAAAAAGUUUGCUCAUUAUGAUAGAAAAUUAUUAAUAUUUUAUUGAGUGUUUUUUUUAUAUACCAGCUAAUAAAUUGUUUAAAUGCAGCUAGAUAUAUUG